UAUAUUACAGUCACCUUCUUCUUGCAGCAAUCGAAGAAAAAGAAAAAUGGCUUCAAAGGCUCACGCAAUAAUGAUAGCACUUCCAUACCAAGGCCACAUCACACCCUUAAUCAAUCUAGCCACAAAACUCGCUUCCAAGGGAUUCGUUAUCACCUUCGUUCACCUCGAGUUUAUCCACCAAAUGAUGCUGUCACAAUCUCGGGAUAAUACAAUCCAACCGGAUUUAUUUUCCGGAGCGCGUGAAUCCGGUCUCGAUAUACGCUACGAAACGAUUUCCGACGGAUUUCCGUUGGAAUUCGAUCGAGCUCUUCAUACAGACGAGUAUUGGGAGUCCAUGCUGAGUGAUUUCCCUCACCGAGUCGAUGAGUUAGUGACCGAAAUAAUUCGGGCUAAUCCAUGUUCGGCACAUUUCUUGGUUACCGACACUUUGUAUACAUGGCCUGCAGAAAUUGCCAAGAAGCAUAAUCUGGUCAAUGUUUCUUUCUGGACUGAACCUGCUUUGGUGUUUUCUUUAGCUUACCACAUUGACCUUCUAACAGAAAAUGGACAUUUUCCAUGUAAAGACCAUGUUGAGGAGGAAAUAAAGUACCUGCCUGGAAUUGAGUCAAUAAGUACAAAGGAUUUAAUGCCAUACCUGAAGGAAUCUGCCAUAGGAACAACAGUUCACAAGAUUGAGACCAGAGCAUUUCAACAAGUGAAGAAAGCAGAUUUUAUCUUACACAACACAGUUCAAGAAUUCGAAUCCAGUACACUCUCAGCUCUCAACAAACAUCAACCAAAUUACGCAAUCGGCCCCGUCAAUUUCUCCAAAAAUCUCGGAACAAAUUACGCAGUCAGCAACAGCUUAUGGUCGGAACACGACUGCACCCACUGGCUCGAACACAAGCCGCCCGGCUCGGUUCUGUACAUCUCGUUCGGUAGCCUAGUUGAAAUCAGUAAGCAGCUUGUAGAAGAAAUAGCUUAUGGGCUUCUACUUAGUGAAGUAGAUUUUAUUUGGGUGGUUCGAGGAGAUAGUUUCGAUUCUCUUAUGGAUAAUCUUAGGGUCGAAAGUAAAGAAAAGGGGCUUAUAAUUCCGUGGUGCGAUCAAAUUAGGGUUCUUUCGGAUCCGGCUAUUGGAGGGUUUUUCACACACUGUGGGUGGAAUUCGAUACUGGAGAGUAUGUGGUGUGGGGUACCGAUGAUUUGUUAUCCGUUAGAGUAUGAUCAACCGACUAAUCGGAAAUUAGUGGUCGAUGAUUGGAAAAUCGGGAUUAGUCUUUGUGAUUACGGAAUAAGUGUUGAUCGAAAAGAAGUUGCUAAGAAGAUUAAGAAGGUGAUGAGUGGAGAUUUGAAGCAUGAGGUGAAGAAAGUAAAUAGGAUAUUGGUGGAUGCUUUGGAUGCCGUUGGAUCUUCGGAGCGAAAUUUCGAUCAAUUUACGAAGGAUUUGAGAGCCAAAUUAUUUGUUAGUGAAUAGUGACAUAUUUAAUUUGUAUUUGCAUAAAUCAAAAUCCAAUUAAUUGGAUUUUAAUUUGCAAUUUAUGGCUUCAGCUUUCCACUUUAGUAAGUAAGAGUCAGUACCACGGUCUAACACGUGCUUCUCGCAAUCCGACGGGACUCCAAAGGGAUUUUCAUUCAGCCAUUCUGUAUUAUUAUUAGUUUCCACAUCUUGCGAAUGUUCCGAAAUUACGAGUCUACCCUUGCCGUACUCGAUGAAUUUGUUUUUUUCUUCUAAAAUGAAGUUCUUGUUGCUGGUU